AUGGAUUUGGGCGACAUUGUGCUCUCCUGGUUGACCCAGGACAUCAUCAACGAUGACCUCUACAAAGGUCGAUGCUUCCAAGCUACUCCUUGCAGCUUCCUCUCACUUGACCACUAUCUCAAAUCGUAUCGCGCACCUCUGAUUGAAGAAAUAAGGUCAAAUCUAUGCUCACGCCUUGAACUCAUCGUAGAAGGACCCACUUCGAAAAUACUUUCUAUGGAGGCAACACAGAAGCCAGAAGUGUACUAUAUGGAUGUGGACUUUGGGGAUUAUGGGGCGGUUUAUUCCGUGGAGGCUCAUACUGUAAGGUAUGGCGAUGUGUUUAUUUUGUCUAGCGUGAAAUCUGAAGCUACAGAGGACUUCAGCUGCUAUGGAGUGACAUAUUACUUGGCAAUGGUUACUGACAUUUGCAUGGAUGAUAAUGAUGAAUGUCAGAAGCAUUUCAAAAUCAAGGUUGCAAAAGAUAUUGGCUUGGAAGAAGACUUACAAAAGCUCAGAUAUGCAAUAUUUCUCGGUAAUAUCAUAAAAAACAUGUGGAUAUGGAAAGCACUGAGCUUUGACAAGCACAUGAAUAACAAUUUCACACUGAUCGAGUCUCUCUUAGCCCCCACAAAUUCGGGUGGUGAUGUCUGUGGUAUCUGUGCUAAACAUGGUGGAGAACAUUUGGCUUGUUUUACAGAGCAACUAUUAGCGAUGAAUCGUAAUAAAUUGCAAAUGGAUGUUAUUGAAUCUGUCAUCUCAAUUGUAAGAUGUAGGCAUCUGAACCUCAUGAAGCUUAUACAAGGUAUACCAGGUACUGAAAAGACCCACACUGUUAGUGCUUUACUGUGGGCUUUGGCUUCUAUGAAAUGCAUAACUCUAACACGUGCUCCCACAAAUGUUGUUGUAAUUGGGGUUUGCACUCAUUUCCUGCAGAACUUCAAGGAUUUCAACAAAACAAUUGAUGACAAUGGUCUACCCUUUUCUCUUGGAGAUGUCUUGCUAUUUGGGAACAAGUAUAAGAUUAACAUAACCGGAGAUCUUUAG